AUGUCCUUCAAGCCAGAGUUGUUCGAGGACGAAGAGGGCAAGAAGUUGCCCUUGGCUCUCGAAAAUGAACUGUUCAUCCUGCAGCGAGCGAAGAUCACUUUCCAGUGCAAGACCCCCGACCAUGCUGUCUUCAAAAGCAAAGGUCGGAUCUACUGCACUACUCAGCGCAUUAUCUUCGUAGCCGAGAAGGGUGUUACACAGCACGGGUGCUUCUUCGAGGCAUUUGAAAUCCCGCUUGUGAAAAUGACCGAUGAAAAAUUUAACCAGCCGAUCUUCGGCGCCUGCAGCAUUUCUGGACUUGUUGCUGCUAACGAAGAUAUUGGUGGCGGGAAUUUUUCGUGGAAGGUGACAUUCGCCAACGGCGGCACCGGAAUUGUCUUGCCGGUGUUCUUGCGGUUGAUGGAAAAACGAAAGAAGAAAGAGGAGAUCGAUAUGAACUUUGUGCAGAAUCAGAAGAAGGCAUUCGUCGACCCGAACGAUCCGACUGUGAUUUAUAUUGCGCAACCUAUCAAGCCUGUAAGCGCUGUUCAGACCACGUAAGGAAGCCAAAGUGGACCACCAUACUGGCAUUAUCCCAUCAUGCUAAAACAUAUAAUAGUGUCUUUGUCACUG